CCAUUGACUGGCGCAAGAGCGUUCCGUAGCUAUGGAAACGCGCGGCUCACAAAGACAGCAGUAGUAGUCCUCCACAAACCACCAACAAUCAUGUCAAGGCUCACUGGAGGCCCGACUAUGUUAGCUGUGGACCACAGGAGAUUAAGGAGGACUAUUGCUGAAAAGCCAAACUGGUCCUUAAGCCUUGUGCCCUUUUUAUCAACUCUCUGCCUAGACUGUAUUGUAAAACAUUUUGAGGAAACUCCUAUCUAUGAAGACCUUACGCUCAGCCAGAAAGACUAUGUGCAGGAAAGACUGCCGCUCUCUCUCCCCCUUUCUGUGACUGCCAACUUGGUCGAUGAUGGCAUCUACUGGCGGCGGUCCUGUGAGCAACGGUGGGACAUUUGUGACGUGUCUCACUACAACCACAGCUGGAAGCGAAUGUUUUUCGAGAGGCACCUGGAAAACAUUCUCGAGCACUUCAUCCCAGAGACAACGUCCCUCAAGGCCGUUACUGAUGAGAUCCCGCUGUGUGAGGCGUACGUGAGGAGGCUGGAUAUCUCCCAGAUGCUGCCACCCAUUAAGGAGAACAAGGGAGAUGCCAUAGACUGGUUGAGUGAAACCGACUCGGAUGCAGCUCAUAUGGAACACUAUGACUUCCGCAGUCUCCUUAAGCAGCUGAGCUGUCUCGAAGAGUUCCACUUGACCUACAGGGUCAAACAUUGCGGGAUGAACUUUGAAUGGAAAAUGACGGAGAUGGCUCAGCGAGACUGUGAGACUCUUGCCAUGGCCCUUCAAUUCUGCAAGACCUUGAAGGUUGUACGACUCUAUGAAAGUCACAUUGAUGAUGAAAAGUGCAAGUUGCUGGCCAAACAUCUAACGGCGCACCCAUCCCUUCUUGAGCUCAACCUUUCCCACAACGUAAUUGAAGAUAAGGGGGCCAAGGCCGUCAGCAAUCUUAUCAACAGCAGCAAACUGGAGAUCCUCAACCUGAGCGACAACAUCAUUCGAGACGUGGGAGCCAACGCCAUUGCCAAAGCCUUGUUCAAUAACCGCACUCUUUUGUCCCUCAACCUAAGAAUCAACCGUGUGACCGACAACGGGGGGCUCGCCAUUGCCAAGGCCUUAGUGAGAAAUCGCACCCUGCUUCAUCUGCACCUUGGAGCCAACCUCGUGACUGAGCCCACUGCCAUAAUGUUGUCGGAAGUUCUGGUUAAAAAUCAAACGCUGAAGACCAUCAACCUCUCCUGCAAUAAAUUGGGUGUUGAUGGAGGCAAAGCUCUGGGGGAGGCCAUAGUUCAAAACAGCUGCUUAACGGAAUGUGAUGUCCGUCUGACGGAUAUCGAUGAGCAAAGUGCCUCCGUCAUCAACCAGGUGGUUUGCACCAAUAGGAACGCCUCCGCCACCAACCAGGUGCUCUUCAUCCAUGACAGCGACUUCAUCAUUGAUGAGGUGAUUGACAGCAGUAAGAGCGACUCCAUCACCAACGAGGUGAUUGGCAGCAGUAAGAGUGACUCCAUCACCGAUGAGGUGAUUGGCACCAGUAUCCAGAACUUAGAGGAAGAACAGGAACAAGGUGACGAGGUGCAAUCACAAGGCGAUGAGGUGCAACCACAAGGCGACGAGGUGCAACCACAAAAUGAGGCGCCACAAGAACAAGAUGAUGUACGGAACCAUCUGAAACACCCACUUCCAAAAGCAGUUUCUAAUUCUCUUUGUGGACUUUUUCAUUUUAUUUAAUAGUUUUUGCAGCAUAUCGAUGAUUGGUCAAUCUAGUCAAUCCAAGUGUAAAAAAUACAAUAUCAAUAAACAGGUUAAAAACUCACAAAUGUUUGCUUGAAAGCUGAGUGUAGAUAAGUAGUUAAGCCAUAUUAGUUACUUGAACUGUUUUCAGAGCACUGGCGGAGAUAGCAUUU